UUAUAAAAUUGACUGAUGCUGAAUACACAUGGGCUGCCCAAACCGUUCAUUACUUCCUCUCAAAUCAGCUGCGAGUCGACAACGAUCACGAGAUUUGGUGUUUGAUUGAUCAAAUGCCAAUCAGAUUUUCUCUUUAUGAAUUUGCUGACGUAACGGGGCUCAAUUGUGAUGUUAUUGACGAGUCAGACACAUGUGAAGUUGCUUACCAUGAGUUCUGGAAUGAAAUGGGUGUUGGAACGUCCGAUGGUCCGCUGUUUAUUGAGUUGGAGCAUGUAAUGGAUAUUAGCAAGGCAUGGAGUAAAGAGAAGAGGAUGAUGGUUGGUAAGUUAUGCUUGUUAUCUGUUGGAGUUCAUGGGAUUCAUCACGGUUCUAGAAUCCCGUUGUCAAGUGCUAAAAGAGUUCUUGAUCCAGUAGCUUUUGAGAAAUAUCCUUGGGGUCGAGUGGCAUUUCAGUCUCUACUUAAGUCAGUGAAGAUGGUUGAUUUAAAGAAAUAUACUUAUGUGAUUCAUGGAUGCGUCCACGCCUUGUUGAUAUGGAUUUACGAGAGUGUGCCUGGAUUGGCAGCAGGAUAUGGAUUUAAAAGGGAGACAUUGACAGGUACUCCAUUACUUGAUUGGAGAUCUUCUCGCAAACGUAUCAAGUUUAAAGACUUUAUUGCCAAUGAGAAGACUGCCCAUGGACAGGUGCGUGUGAGGCAUAUGAUGCCAGUCACUGAGGAAAACAUGUAUCCUAAGUGGAGUGACGCGGCUGACAAUCAAGAUGGGCUGCUUGACAACUUGCUGAAAGACAUCAUCCACAAUCGUUUACAAAAUGAUGCGUGGAAACAUGUUAGAGUGCCAAGAAAGAAACGUAAAGUUUCUAGAAACGAGGAUGGAGAGAGUAGUAUCAUUCCUAAGGAAAAGAAAAUGAAGGAGUCAAAGGCUAGUGAUGAUGAAAGAGCAAAAGUAUCUAACAAGAACCAUAAACCAAGAAAAGAACAUAUGGUUGAUGAAGAGGAGAAGACUAGGUUGUUGGAUAUUUACAAGAUGCUGGAGAAUUUGAAUGGGACAGUUUCAGAGAUGAGCAAGAAUCUUACCAGCAGAAUGGAUGUAUUGGAGAGUAAAGUCGAAUCUUUAGAUCAACAGCUUAUUAAGAGGUUUGAAGUUGUGGAGACAGAUUUGAAGCUUCUUAAGGCGUCUAAGCCCACUGUUGUGCCCGAUGAUUUCGUCGCCACUUCCAACAACGUUGAAUUAGAUGAGGCAAAUAGUAAAUCAGCUUCUUGGAUAGUAGAGGAGAAGCCAGGGUCUCAAGAUGGGCUGCCUGUUAAAAGAGUAGUUAAGAAGGCUGUCUUUACCGUGAAGACAAAGAAAAAGAAGGCUGGAGAAGUGUCUGAGGAUCUUGUUCUAUGUGAAAAGAAACCUCCUACAAAGGGACUUACAAGGAAGAAAGUGACAAACGUGCCUAAUAAAGGUUUUAAAAAGCCUGAGCAGAAGAAGAUAGCUGCUCCAAAAGGUGUGAAGAAGACAAUGAGGACUGUUGAGGAUGAUGUUGAGGAUGUAACUGACAAAGUAAUGGCUGAUAAUCUGAAAAUGGUUUCAAGUUUUGAAGAAACCUUCUCUAAUCCUCAAGAUCAUAUGGCUAAUAAGACUUUGGAUGCAGCAUUGACAUCAAUUCUACAAGGAGUACAGAGUUUGGACGGUGGGAUUACUCAGGGGAGACGUGUGCCACAACUUGCGGGUUCUCAAAAAUUUCCAUAUGUUGGAAAUUCUACAGUGAAGCGCAUAAUCACUGAUGCUCCACCUUCUUCAUCAUUACCAGAACAUCAUCUUCAACCAGUUUCUGAUGAGAAGUUUGAAAGUUUAACUGAUUGGCUAGAAGACCGUGUUGAGGACGAAGAACCACUUAGUACCAGCAAUUUCAAUGCCAGAUUCUUUCGCCAGAUUAUUACUCCAAGAGAUAGUUGGCCAGAUGAAAAAUAUGGUUGGUUAAAAGACUAUCACAUGGGAGCUGUAAUGUCUAUGUUCCGCAGAAGGUUCUUGCGUGAUCCUUCAAAAUACCCUAAUCAACGCAUCGCUUUCUUGGAUUCAAUAAAGCAUUUCUUGAACCACUUCAGAUCAACAUUUAUGACAGCAUUCCGACCUUGA